AUGGAUCCGUCUUGGGUCAAGGGAACGAUCCUCGUCAGAUGCAAUUCGGUUAUUCGUGGCCAUUCUGCAGUAUCUUGGAAAGUCAUUGAAACAGUGAACUCUCUGAUCAGACACCAAAUAACACCAGUCGUGCCCCUUCGAGGUAGCGUUUCGGCGUCUGGGGAUUUGUCACCACUGUCCUAUAUAGCGGGAACAGUAACUGGAAAUCCAGAAAUCAAAGUUCAGGUCAGACGUGGAGGCCGACCCACCAUUGUCUCCUCGAACGACGCUUUGCAGACAGCAGGGAUCGAGCCAGUGACACUAGGCCCCAGAGAGGGGUUAGGACUUCUGAAUGGUACUGCAACAUCAGCAGCAGUAGGCAGUCUUGCCUUGUUCGAUGCCCAUAACCUGACCAUGCUGUCCCAAGCACUCACUGCUAUGGCAGUUGAAGCCUUGCUUGGGAGCUACGGAAGCUUUCAUCUAUUCAUCGCGCGUAUCCGACCCCAUCAAGGACAGAUAGAAGUCGCAAGCAACAUCCGGUUUCUACUUCAAGGCUCCCAACUUGCGCGUGGCUUGAACCAGGAUGACUCCCGCAGUGAAGGUCUCUUCCAAGAUCGCUACCCCUUGCGCACAGCCUCCCAAUGGAUCGGCCCCCAACUCGAGGACCUUCUCCUAUCCCAAAAACAAGUGCAAACAGAACUAAACUCCACAACCGACAACCCUCUGAUCGACGUCAACAACAAGCACAUCCACCACAGUGGCAACUUCCAAGCCACCUCAAUCACCUCCGCCAUGGAAAAAGCACGCCUAAGCCUCCAAAUGAUCGGUAAGCUCCUCUUCGCUCAAUGCUCUGAGAUCAUCAACCCAAUGCUCAGCAACGGGCUGCCACCAAACCUAUCCGCAGACGAGCCCAGCCUCUCUUUCACCUGCAAGGGUAUCGAUACGAGCAUGGCGUCAUAUAUGUCGGAGCUCGCGUUCCUCGCGAAUCCGGUCAGCAGCCAUGUGCAGAGUGCGGAAAUGCAUAAUCAAGCCGUCAAUUCGCUGGCGCUUGUCUCGGCGCGGUAUACACUGCAGUCGGCGGAGAUCGUCAUGUUGAUGGCGGCGGCUCAUCUGUACGUGCUGUGUCAGGCGUUGGAUUUGAGGGCUAGGAUUGUGAAGUUCUUCUUAAGGCUGGAACCGGAGAUGGAGAGGUUGAGUGCCAGUGUCUGGAAUGAGGAUCUGGAUGCUGCUGAGAAGAUGGAACUGGAUGGGAAAGUGUGGCAGCGCCUCGUCGACGGGUGGUCGAAAGAGACGAGAUUGGACUCCUAUCGUCGUGCCGUUAUCGUAGCUGACUCGUGUGUGUCUGUCGUAACGAUACAUUUUAUAUCGUCGAGAACGCAGCUUCCGCAGAACUUCGGCGAGGCAUUAGCGCGGUGGAGAAGUGAAGCAAGUACCACCGUCUCGGACGUGUACACUGAGAAUCGCCAAGCUUUCUUCCAUGAGCAGGACACACUGCAAUUGCUGGGCACAGGCUCGUCGACGGUGUACAAGUUCAUACGCCAUGAAUUAGGCGUGCCGUUCAAUCAGGGCUUGAUUGAGCAUCCAAGUCCCGACUCUAUGAGCCUCGGCGGUAGGGAGAAGAAGAAUAUUGGAUCGUGGAUUAGCAGCAUUCAUGAUUCGCUGCGGGAUGGACGAUUGUAUCAGGCUGUCCUCGAUAUCAGGAGGAAUGACGUCAUUGGAGAGACUGUGCCUGUGGCGAUGAAGUCGGUGAAUGGAGUUGAUGAUAAGGAUCCAGGAAGGCGUCAGACUUCUGUGAUAAGUGACGCUGAAUGCAGAGGACUCGUUGGGUCCGUUGGCAAGUGUGAAGAGCUAUGA